AUGCGUCUGCUCAACGCUUUUGUAGCCAUCGCGGCAAUCAUCCCAUCAGCUUUCGCUGCUCUACCUACCGUAGCUGAAGGAUUCGCCUCCAGCACCACGGGUGGCAAAGGUGGCCAGGUCGUUCGUCCCAAGAACAACCAGGAACUUGCCAAUUAUCUGAAGGAUAACACUGCUCGUAUCAUUUACUUGGAGCGAACCUUUGACUUCAAGGGCUCCGAAGGGUCUGCGACUGAGACCGGUUGCGCCCCUUGGGGUACAGGCGCCAACUGCCAGCUGUCUAUCAACAAGAACGACUGGUGCACCAACUACAACCCAGGUGCUAAGAAAGUUACUGUCAAGUAUGACAAGGCUGGUCUGAACCCUCUCAUGGUUGGUUCAAACAAGAGCAUCAUCGGUGUCGGCUCUGAGGGUGUUAUCAAAGGCAAGGGUCUUCGUCUCGCCAAUGGCGUCAAGAAUGUCAUUAUCCAAAACAUCCACAUCACCGACCUCAACCCAUCUCUGGUCUGGGGUGGCGAUGCCAUUACUCUCGAUGGAACGGAUAACAUCUGGAUUGAUCACUGCACUACCUCCCUCAUUGGUCGUCAGCACAUUGUUCUUGGUACUGGUGCCAGUGGUCGCGUUUCUAUUACUAACAACAAGAUUGAUGGCCUCAGCAACUGGUCUGCCAGCUGCAACACCUAUCAUUACUGGGCUAUCCUGUUCCUUGGAAAGAGCGAUAUGGUUACCUUCAAGGGCAACUACAUGUACCACAUCUCUGGUCGUGCUCCUAAAGUUUCAGGCAACACCCUUCUUCACGUCGUCAACAACUACUUCUACGACAUCUUCGACCAUGCUUUCGAGAUUGAGGAGAACGGCCAAGUUCUCGCCGAAGGAAACAUCUUCCAGAACGUCAAGAACCCUCUCAAGACUGGCACCAAGGGUCGUCUCUUCACUGUCCCUACCGUUGGCUCAGCUGGUGUCUGCAAAGCUGCCCUCGGCCGCGCUUGUGAGAUCAACGCCUUUGGAAGCUCUGGUACUUUCCCUGGCGACGACACUGGCUUCCUCGGCAACUUCAAGGGCAAGACUAUUGCUUCUGCUGCUGCAGCUUCAAGCGCUAAGAAUGCCAUGACCAAGGCGGGUUUCGGUGUUGCUUAA